AUGGGGCAGGCUGGCCAUGCCUAUUCUGCGCAUAAGUCGAUCGAGCAGAAGAAGGGUAGGAAGAAGAUGGCCAGGGUAAAAGCAAAAGCCGCAGGCAAGUAUCUUCGCAAGAAGAAUAUGAGUCUGAGGAGAGCGACCGCAGGCAGAAGACAAGCAGAGCGCAGAGCAAGAGCAAGAGUCGACGAUAUGAAUCUGAAGAAGAUAAGCAAGAGCAGACAUCGUGCGCCUCCAUCAGAUGACGGGGACGAUUCCCAGUCAGAGUCUGCCGACCGCGAGCUGUCCAAGACGCCAAAAAGGAGCAAGAGUAAGCAUCGCGAGCCAUCAUACAGCGAAUCCGAGUGCGAGUCGCAAUCCAGUGACGAGCGUCUAAAGCCAAAGAAGCCAACCACUGCACCGCCGAACCAGAGGCUCAUCGACAACACGGCGUACAGUGAGGUUGAGGGCUUCGAGGGCGACUACGCCUUGGCCUCAGACCUCGACUUCGCGGACUGA